AUGGCCUAUCUUAACAAGGGCUUUAAUGAUACGCAAUGCUUUAGUGGUGAACGGUGGCAGAACAAUGUCGGAGAAAAGAGGAACGAAGUUGCCAUUGAAGACGAAGAAAUAAGUAAGGAAAAAAACCCCACUAACCAACACCACUCAACACCCAAACAAUAUCAUGCACCACCAUCACCCGUCACCUCCACCACCCAUCACCACCACCCAACAUCAUCACCACCAUCUGCCAUUGCCAACCAUGACCAUCAUCCACCACCACCACCCAUCACCACCACCCGCCAUAACCAACCUCACCCACCACAAUCACCACCACAUGCCACUGCCACCCACCCACCACCAAUAUCCACCUCCACUUCCCAUCACUACCACCCACCCACCACUAUGACUACCACCUGCCACUACCACCACCCAUCACCACCACCACCGUCCACCACCACCCGCUACCAUUACCCCCACGUACCACCCACCAUCAUCACCACCACCACUACAACCAUCACCCACCCACCUCUACCACCGAUCACUACCCAUCAUUAUGACCACCACCCGCCACUACCACCAACCACCACCCACCACCCAUCACCGCCACUCGCCACCAUCACCCACCACCCAUCGCCACCACCCGCACCCAUCACCCCUACCCACCACCUACCAAAACCACCACCCAUCACUACCACCCACUCGAUACUCACUAUUAUGACCAUCACCUAUCAUCACCAUCACCCGCCUCCACCACACAUCACCACCACAUACGUCCACCACCACCCAUCACCACCGACAACCACCAUUUAUCACUACCACCCGCCAUUACCACCAACCAUCAUCUGCCUCCAGCACCCACCUCCACCAUCCCCACCACCACCGCAUAUCACCACCGACCACCAGUACCUAUCACCAUCACCAUCACCUCCACCCACCACCCACCAAAACCACCGAAAACCACCGACCAUGACCCAUCACCACCACCCACUUUCACCACCCACCACCACCACCCCACCCAUCACCCACAAAAACCACCAUACGUCAUCACCACCCUCGUAG